AUGAGCAACUAUCGCCCAAUCAAGAUCGGCUGGGCUUGCAACAACAGUCGGAAAUCUUCUGCAGAAUCCAAGGCCUCGAAAUCUUCCAAGGCUUCGAAGAACUCGAAGAGCUCAUCAAAGUCAAAUACACCUGCUGACAUCAUUGAACCAUUUCCAGCUGCCUUGCCGGCCCCCUUUCCAGCUUUCAACUCCGAUCUUCAGCCUCUCCCUGCGCCAAAAGCCCCUCCUCUUGGAAAGAAGCUCCCACCAAACGUACCCCCCGCGCGUUACGACAACAUGGUUCUCAACCAAGCCAAAGUCAAGUCCGUUUUGAGCGGCGACAGCCUCAUCUUGUCCUCAAUCGCACACCCUGACCGCGAGCGAACCCUCUCUCUGGCAUACUGUACGGCACCGCAUCUGAAGAAGGAUGGAGACGAGAUAGGGGCAUACGAAUCGCGCGACGCAUUGCGGGAGCUGCUGGUUGGUAAGACUGUGCAGUUCUCGGUACUCUACACGAUCCCCAACACGAAGCGUGAAUAUGGAGUCGUAUACCUGAACGAUGGCCGCAAGCUUCCUGAGGAAAUGAUCAAGCUGGGCUGGCUCAAGCUGAGAGAGGAUGCUGGUCGCAAGGAGGACUCCGAAGAGGCUCUCCAACAAUUGGAUCAACUGCGUCUUCUGGAGGCUAAAGCUCGAUCUGAUGAUCUUGGCCUCUGGCACCCAAGCAUUGGUCGCAUUGAAGUGCAGCACGACAUGGGUAACGCUCCAGCAUGGUUGGACAAGUACAAGGGCCAGACGCUCGAUGGUUUGGUUGAGCGCGUGCUGAGCGGUGACCGUAUGCUCAUUCGCGUUAUCAUGUCGCCAACGAAGCAUGUUAAUAUUAUGACUUUGGUCGCUGGCAUCCGUGCUCCCAUCACCGAGCGUGUGAAUCCUUCGAACGGUCAAAAACAAACGGCAGAGGAAUUUGGAAACGAGGCCCGAAUGUACAUCGAGGAACGAUUAUUGCAGCGAAACGUAAAACUCGAUAUCCUUGGCCUGAGUCCUCAAAACCAACUGAUCGCAUCGGUCAAGCAUCCUAAGAACGGCACAAUUGCAAAAUUCCUUCUGGAGGCUGGUCUUGCUAGAUGUACUGACUUCCAUUCGACCCUUCUGGGCGCAGAUAUGGCAGUACUUCGAGACGCCGAGAAGGUGGCUCAAUUAAACAAGCGCGGUCUCUUCCGCGAUCACGUUUCAAAGGCUGCCGCUCCAGGAGGGACCUUGGAGGCUCAAGUCACACGCAUUUUCAGCCCGGAUGUUAUCUUUGUCCGGAAUAGAGCUGGUGUCGAAAAGCGAAUCAAUCUUUCGAGUAUCCGUGGUCCACGUCCAACUGAUGCUGCGGAAUCUCCUUUCAGAGAUGAGGCCAAGGAGUUCCUGCGAAAGAAGAUCAUCGGAAAGCAUGUGCGCCUGAGUAUUGAUGGAACAAGACCUGCUACUGAUGAAUACGAUGCAAAGGAGGUAGCCACGAUUACAUACAACGACAAGAAUAUCGGAUUGAUUCUUGUACAAGAGGGUUGGGCUUCGGUCAUCCGCCAUCGCAGAGACGAUACGGAUCGUGCCCCAAACUAUGAUGAGCUCUUGGCUGCGCAAGAAAAGGCCAAGGAGGAGAAGAAGGGAAUGUGGUCUGGAAAGCCGUCCAAGGCGAAAACAUACGUUGAUGCAUCUGAGACUCUGCAAAAGGCGAAGUUACAAGUUUCUGGACUUCAACGUCAAAAGAAAGUCCCAGCAAUCGUUGAUUUUGUCAAAGGUGGCUCGAGAUUUGUUGUUCUGGUUCCCCGGGAGAACAUCAAGCUGAACUUUGUCCUUGGUGGUAUCCGAGCACCAAAGUCUGCACGAGGUCCAAAUGAUAAGGCCGAGCCAUUUGGUCAAGAGGCACAUGAUCUUGCAUCAAAGCGACUGACCCAACGCGAUGUUGAGAUUGAUGUUCACAAUGUCGACAAGGUCGGUGGAUUUAUUGGAGAACUUUACAUCAAUAAGGAAUCGUUCGCCAAAAUUCUCGUCGAGGAAGGUCUCGCUACUGUGCAUGCCUACUCUGCCGAGCAAGCUGGCAAUGCAACUGAGCUUUUCGCCGCACAACAACGCGCCAAGGAGGCACGAAAGAACCUCUGGGCUAAUUGGAGCCCUGCUGAUGAUAUCGAUGAAGAGGAAGAUGCUCCUGCAAACGGCACUAGCGGUGAGACUGUUAUCCCACGCGAGAAGGAUUACCGUGAUGUAAUGGUUACCCACAUCGACGAGUCCGGCAAGCUCAAGCUUCAAAUCAUUGGUACCGGCACGUCUGCUCUCGAAAUCAUGAUGACACAAUUCAAGUCAUUCCACAUGAACCCCUCCAACAGUGCCGGCCUUACCGGUCCUCCCAAGGCAGGCGACUUCGUUGCAGCAAAGUUCACCGCAGACGGCGCCUGGUACCGUGCUCGUAUACGCUCCAACGACCGCGCCGCAAAGGAGGCAGAAGUUGUCUACGUCGACUACGGCAAUAGCGAGAAGAUCCCAUGGUCUCGUCUGCGCCCUCUCUCCCAACCCCAGUUUUCGACCCAGAAACUCCGUCCUCAAGCCGUCGACGCUGUCCUCUCACUCCUGCAGUUCCCUACGAACACGGACUACCUUUCUGACGCCAUUAACUACAUCACCGACGUGACUGCUGAUGCUCAACUGGUUGCUAACGUUGACUACACUGCGCCCGAGGGUACGCUGUAUGUUACGCUUUACGAUACAAACAGCAAGAAUCUGACUGACAGCAUCAACGCUGAUAUCGUUGCCGAUGGCCACGCCAUGGUUCCGCGCAAGCUGAAGGCUUGGGAGCGUGGAUUUGGUGACGUACUGAAGAGUUUGCGCGAGAAGGAGGAACAGGCUAUUGCUGACCGUCGCGGUCUUUGGGAGUAUGGUGAUUUGAGAGAGGAUUAG